AUGGAAUCUCAGGACGGAAUCUCCGUCCGGCCUAUGAGGCUGAAGGUGCUUUAUACAUUCGACGAUGCCAGUAAGACGAAUUGCUUGGCUCGCUGGCCCCAUCUCCUCGACAUCCAGUGUGCCGCCUUGGACGAAAAAACUCAUGUUGGAGUGAUCGAGUUGAAAACGUGUAUUCAAGCCAUUGUCUCUGCGAGUCCGGAAUUGGUGGCCCAACUGGGGCAGGAUUACACGGUCUACGCCUACGACUACUCGGAAUAUGAGACGCCCCUGGUCGGGCAAGGCAUGCUAUCAUGGCUGCUGGCCUCCGCCUCCCCUACGCCCAAUGCCCCCGCACAUCAAUCCAAGACGAUGGUAACCGGUCGAGUCUGCAAAAAUGUGCUGGGUCUUUUCUCGAAGGGCGCUCAGGAAACCCUCGAAGUCAAACUGCGGCUGGUACCAGUUCCCUCGGUCAUGCAGAACGAGUACCUUGACAACAUGCAAAAAUACCGGGAAAUCAGCAACAACAUUCCACGAGAUUUCGAUACACAAUCCUGGAACAGCUUCCACCGUCAGAAUUCCAAUAUGUUGGCUUCGGGCCGGAUGUCUUCUCCUAUGGAUCACUCCGGAAUUGAACGAUUCCACCAGCUGCUCAGCGAGGGAUCCACCCCAAGGGAUUUUCAGAUGGCCACGAACGGAUCCUACCGAUCAGUCUCGCCAGCACAGUCCGCCGUGGCGCCUAUGAGCAGGGUCUCUACCCCAUUCGGUCAACAUCAAUCGUUUCAACAGGACCAACAGUCGACCCAGCAGACGGAUAGAAUUCAGGGGGAUAUGAUUCGUCCUUCGUCUAGUGCUUCGAUGCGUGAUGCGGACUUUGCAGCCCAUGCACGUUAUGCCAGCCGCCGAGGAUCCGUUCAAUCCGGCUACGGUAGCUGUGACGAACACGUGGACUCUCAACCUCGCAAGCGGGCUAAGCUGUACCGUGCUGACGGACCUGGCAAACCUGAACUGAACAUUGAAAGACAGCCUAGUUCCCUCCGCGUGGCAGCAAGCACGGCCGCCUCCGUUCGAAUCCACCGUCCCACCCCAAUCAACCCUUCCAUUGCGGCCGCCCAGAACUCGAAUGAGGAGCCCGUCCGCCCCCCAACUCCUAUCUCCGGUGCAAACGACCUUCCCCGUCGAUCCCGCCCUCCCCCGAGCCUAUUGCGGGAAUCAUCUGUUCAGAGCAUGAACCAGUACACGUCGCCCUAUCCGACGAGCGACGAUCAAACCCCCGCCGAGCCGCCCAACCACUCGCCAGAGGAAUCCCGAUACCAGGGCCUUUUUGAGCCUUCGUUCAGCAUGCCUUCGUCUCCCCCUGUCCUUGACUGUGGAUUCCCGAACCGUUCGAGUCCCGUCCUCCCGCCUAUGACCACUGAUCCCGACUCUGGUUUCAUGAGCGGUGGUAUUGAAGAACUUAUGGACGAGGAUAUGGGUACACCAUUGGAUGACUGUGCACCAACCUCUAAAAACGGAACGAAGCAAAAACGAACCGUUCGUCAGGGUGUACAAGCUGGCUCCCCGGCGAGCGCGCCUGCGAAUGUCGAAACCCCUAAUGACGGCACCUUGGUCAACGUCGGAAACCCAGAGAAUUCUGCGAAGGAUGCCACAUCUGUGCUCCCUCGUGCUCCUGCGAGUGUUGCAGGCUCAAGGCCGUCUUCGCGAGCGAGCUUUCGGCAAGCACCUAAGCCUCUGGCCCCUGCUCCCAUCUCACAGAGUGAGCUGGAGCAGCUUAUAAGUGCGAUUCCCGCGAGUGAUCCAGUCAUGCCCUCCAACAAUAACAACAACCUCCAAGGGCAAAACUCUCAGCCCUGGAACGGUCCAAUGAGUGAUAUCCCUACCGCCGAGACCCCAGCUGCUCAGCCCAUGGCUGCUGAGGACAGGAAGAUUCGCAGUGGAGCCGGAGCUAGACGGCUCAAGCAGGUGCAGGCCCGUCUGGACAAAUGUAUCCGGGAUGGACAGGCACCGCCUUUCUGUGAAAACUGCGGUGUGAUUGAGACACCUACUUGGCGCCGGGCUUGGUCUAAGGAAAUUGAGGGCAGCGAGCAGGAAGCCAACGAGCUUACCAAAGAUCCGACCGUGUUCUUCUGGCAGUCGCUGAAAAAAGAUGAACAAGACAAAGUCAUAAAAUUCAAGAUUUACAAGAAGAGCUUAGUCGACGCCGACAAUGACUUUGUUCAAGUCCUUCUUUGUAACCCCUGCGGUCUGUGGCUUCAUAAGUUCAAGUGCAUGCGCCCGGAAAACAAAUGGAACAAGUCUUCCAACAACAAGAGAAAGCGUCCCCCAAGGAACCGCAAGACUGGCGGCCCGCUCUCAACGAACGAUACUGCGACGAGAAACCGCAAACCCGAAUCUGCUAAGGUGGACGGAUCAUCUCCCGGAGCCUCCGAUGCCUCGUCGCCGAACGAAGAUCCUGCGACCCCCCGCGCAGAGAAUGGUGGCAGCAAGAAAAGCGGCGGCAACGACGAAAAUGCCCAGGAAAACAACGACGAUGCCGACGAACUGCCCUCGAAGCGACGUCGAGCCACCAGCCUAGAGCCUCGGAAAUCAUCGGACACUUCCGGAAACCGUUGGCAAGAGCAGAACGCGGUGGACGCUCUUCGGCGCGCCAUCCAGUCUAGUCCAGCUCGGAAUCUCGAACACCGCAGUUCUGCAGCGCUGGGUGAGAAAACUCUUACUCCCAAGCCCGUCAGGAGAGUUCUGUUUCCUAAUUCCCAAAAUGAGGGAGGGCCUUUGAAAGCUCUAGGCGAGUCAGUUCUGAACAGUCCGCGACGUAGCCCCCGCAUUGCGUCUCGUGAAUCAGACAAGCGGCCUCAGGACAAAGAGAACGGCGGCAGCAGCAGUAAUACUGCUGACCUGGACGGCCUGUUCGAGAGUCCUUCUUUUGAUUUCGAUCUGCCUACCAGCCCUACUCCCAGAAGACGCAAUCCUCGCGCAGGCGUUUUGAGUGAAAAGCGUCUCUCCCUGCCGUACAACUCGCCUUCGUCGUCGAAAUCACGCAAGGACGUCGGUUCGGAUCUGUCGCCGACCAAGUUGACUGCACAAAGGUUGCAGCGUAUCCAGAGCAGCCCGGCGUCGUCUACCCCGCGUCAAGGCAGAACGCCCAAACAGUCUCGCUCGCAGAUGCCCGAUAUGUCUUCUCUAUCGGACGAUGCGUUCGGGUCCGAAGCAUUCGGCGGGAUUAACAAUAUGGUGGUCGAUAUCUUCUCCGAGGAUGCAUCGGCAGCACACACCGAUUCGCUGUUUGCCUUCGAGGCAUCCAAAUGUCCAUCCAGCAGCAACUGGGUCGACUGGCUUCCGUCCGACUACGUCUCCCCCGCCGGAUCCGACGAGGAUCAAAACGCGGACUUGAUCAGCGCCAUCCUCUCCGAUCCGGGGAUGGGUAAAGAAAACAUCGACGGUUCCCAGUUUGACAUCUUUGAUUAUGCCGAUUCAAACCUCCUGGAUUCUGGCUUUUUCGGAUCCGAUGCCCUCAACGCCGAUCUGAUGGCCUUGGGAGUCAAGCCCAAGCCAUCGACGGAGGAGUCGGCCGAUAAGGAACAAGGCUCCAGUGCGAAUAAUGCCUAA